CGGGCACGUGGCGACCGAUCUGAUGCUCGUUCAGAUCAGUUCGGAUCAGAUCGGUCGACUGCCAACCCAGCAUCCACUCCAGCGCUCGACUCUCGAUCCGUCUGGCUGCUGCAAGCCGCACAACAACGCCUGCACCCACUCGAGUCUGGCUUCAAGUCCCCCGCAUGGCCUCCCUGACAUUCUCUGCUGCCAAGCGAAAGGCGCUCUAUUCCCUGGUCGAGCGGGCUCGGAUCUCUGACGACUCAACCAGCCGAUCCGAUGCCUGGGUCUGCUGUGGGCACACCUUUGCCCUGCUGCCCGAGAUCUCACGGCACAUCAGCCGAGAUCAUGCCGCCGAUAUCUUACAGGCCCUGGACUCUCUGCUAGCAACGCCCUCCAAGUCGCAGGACUCAAACGGCACCUCGGAACAUGGCCCAAGCGACGACCGUGCUCAUGGCGAGGAGCAAGAUCGUCGAGCCUCAGCACCGUUCACUGGACGGAGAGCCGCAAAGGGCUCAUCAGACUCGGUGGCGCUGCGUUGCCAAUGCGACGGCUCUGGGACGGUGAUUCUGUUCUACAAGUAUUGCGCCGUCGAUGACCCCACGGAUUUCUGCAAGGCGAUGGAGCGGCUCUGUGCCGGUUUGACGGGCAAGGUUCGAAUCUCGUCCGAAGGACUCAACGUCACCCUGGCCGGAUCGGACGACGAUAUUGACAAGUUUGUCCAAGCCUUUGCAUCCUUGCCAAUCUUUGGUGAUUCCGAUUGGGGAUGCUCGAGCGGCAACACCAAUUCGGAUGGCCGGCUCGAGUGGACGCCCCAGCUCUACUGCUUUUUCAAGCCAAGUCCUGGAUGCAUCCAUGUCUUUGAUUCGCUCUCGAUCAAGGCCGUCCCUGAGAUCUGCCCACUGGGCCUGAACAACUCGGUCCAGACGCCCAGUACCAUGCGGCAUCUGGGAACAGACACACCCAAGCUCGUUGGUCUAACACCGCCAGAAUUCCAUCAGAAGCUGAGCCAGGCCCUCGACGACCCCAAUAACUAUCUGAUUCUCGACACCCGCAACUACUACGAGUCCAAGAUCGGCUUCUUUGAGGGGGCUGUCCUGCCGCCGAUUCGCAAGUUCUCGUCGUUUCCACACUACUUUGAGACCAACCGCGACCAGCUCUUGAGCGGGAAGAAGGAAAUCAUCACCUACUGCACAGGCGGGAUUCGGUGCGAGAAAGCAUCUGCGUGGGUGAUGGAGCAGACGGACAUGCCCGUGUACAUGCUCGAGGGCGGCAUACACAUGUACAUCGAGUGGAUCAAUGGACGAGCACGGAACUCGGAUCCGCCGGGUUCGACUCUGUCGGCCUCGGCAGUCAGCAGAGAAUCACAGCUUCUCGAUAUUCAAAAGCAUCUCUACAACCCCAUCGCCGGCAACGACGAGACCGAGGCGGCUGGCCAGGAGUUCAACCCGCCCCCAGCAAGCUCCACUGUCAGCCUCUUUCGCGGCAAAAACUACGUCUUUGACGCUCGACAGUCCCUUGGACUGAUCCCCGAAGCAUGCGGCCCGGAGUCGAGCCCCGUUUCGCAGUGCCAGCAGUGUCGGAAGCCACAGGACCACCUCGCCAAAUGCGCGGGACAGGGUUGCCACUUGCUGAUCGUUGUCUGUCCCGACUGCUUGCGCUCGAUCCAGAAGCAACAGCCGGCCGAUCCCAGUGGUGGCCUCUAUUGCUGUCGGGGCUGCCAAGCAAUGCAAGCCGAGUUUAUGCUGCACCAGAGCUGCAACUCACCAGAUACAGGCGCGAAUGCCAGAAGAUGGAAACGGAGGAUAUGUGACUGCGAGAAUGAGCGGCGACAGCAGAUUGACGAACACAGCAUGCCCAGAACGAAACAGGAUGACACCCAUCUGUGAUCUUCACAUCAACCCUGCCAUCAGCAGAGUGAUCUGUAGACCCAGUAGAGAAGCCAUGCGAUUAUUACGGUCUUGGCUGUUAAUCGGGUGGCUUUGAUUGAUGAAGCAAACCCCGAAUAGAUGCGGCGAAUCUGCUUUGGUGAUGAUCAACCGACAUUGGUGUCACGAUGCAAACGUGUGGUGCAUGCAUUCAACCACCUCGACAGCUUUGUACAGCGUUUCCAAAAUGAAAUGGAACACCUGCCCACAACCCAUUUGUCAGCGUGGUAUGCGAUGGC